AUGAAACAGCGCUUCUCAUCCCUCGACGUUAAGGUCAUUGCAUAUGAACUAUCAACUUCACUCACCGGCCUCCGUCUCUCAAACAUCUACGAUCUCUCUAGUCGAAUUUUUCUGUUCAAAUUCGCCAGACCAGGGAAACGAGAACAACUUCUUCUAGACUCUGGCUUCCGUUGUCACUUGACCUCUUUCUCUCGAACCGCCGCCACUCAGCCAUCCGCUUUCGUCAGCAGGUUACGCCAUUUUCUCAAGAGCAGACGUGUCACCAGAGUCGCCCAGGUGGGCACCGACCGAGUCAUUGAAAUCACCUUCAGCGACGGAUUGUAUCGAGUGUUCUUUGAAUUUUUUGCCGCGGGGAAUAUCAUAGUCACGGAUGCGGAUCUCAAUGUUCUCGCGCUUCAGCGACAGGUCAACGAAGGAGAUGCGGAUGUGGACGUCAAAUUGGGUGGGAAGUAUACCCUGGAGGCAAAACAGAACUUCCAUGGCAUCACGCCCUUAUCAGAAGAAAGAGUUAGGGAAGUUCUUCAGAAGGCGGUUCAACGCUCGAAAGCUGCAAAAGAGGUGGGCGGCAAGAAAGCGAAACGAUCAAAGGGGAUCGACGAUCUGGGAAAGACUCUGAGUGCCGGCUUUCCUGAAUUUCCUCAACACUUGCUCGAGCACGUAUUUAGGGAAGCGGGCGUCGAUGCGACCUUGAAGGCGGAGGGUGUCUUGACAGACAAAGAGUCCCUGCGGUCAGUCAUGGCUGCAUUGGAGCGCGCAGAUCAGUUGUUCAAGUCUUUGGGGACCGGUCAAUCAAAGGGUUAUAUUAUUGCGAAGCAGAGAACCCCCCCAUCAGGUGAGGCGGAGUCUUCAGGGGCACAGGAACCGACUAGAGAGUCCCUUCUCUAUGACGAUUUCCAUCCAUUCCGGCCAUGCCAAUUUGAGAAUGAGCCCUGCGUUCAUAUUCUCGAGUUUGACGGCUUUAACCGCACGGUUGACGAGUUCUAUUCGUCCAUCGAAUCCCAGAAGCUGGAAUCUCGGUUGACAGAGCGAGAAGAGACAGCGAAAAGGAAAUUGCAGGUUGCAAAAGACGAGCACGAGAAAAGGUUGGCAGGUCUUCAACAGGUGCAGGAAAUGCAUGUCAGGAAAGCCCAAGCUAUCGAGGCGAACACCCACCGCGUGGAGGAGGCUUGUGCUGCUGUUAAUGGUCUAAUCGCGCAAGGCAUGGACUGGGUGGACAUUGGGAAACUCAUCGAAAACGAACAGAAGCGAGGAAAUGUAGUGGCUCAAUUGGUCAAGCUUCCGCUCAAGCUGGAGGAGAACACAGUGACUCUUCUGCUUGACGAACCCAGCUUCGACGAAGGCUACGAGAGUGACGGAGAAGACAGUACAGAUGAGGAGGUUGAAUCUGAUGAGGAGACCGACGAGACCUUGGGUAAAGGCGGACCCUCAACAGAUAAGCGACUGGCCAUCGAUAUCGACCUGGCGCUGUCACCUUGGGCAAACGCACGCCAGUACUACGACCAGAAAAGGUCCGCCGCAGUCAAAGAGAAAAAGACAGCAGAGGCAUCUGCAAAGGCCCUUAAGUCUGCGGAGCAGAAGAUAGAUGCAGACCUCAAGAAAGGCUUGAAGCAGGAGAAGGCUGUCUUGAGACCGGCAAGAAAACAAUUCUGGUUCGAAAAAUUCUUGUACUUCAUCUCCAGUGACGGAUAUCUUGUGAUUGGAGGCAAGGACGCCCAACAGAACGAGCUACUUUACAGGAGAUACCUAAAGAAGGGCGACGUCUACGUACACGCCGACUUGCAGGGAGCCUCAAGUGUAAUUGUGAAGAACAAUCCGCGAACCCCGGAUGCACCGAUUCCUCCUUCCACUCUUUCUCAAGCCGGUACAUUGACCGUCUGCACGAGCAGCGCGUGGGACUCAAAGGCGCUGAUGGGGGCCUGGUGGGUCAACGCGGACCAAGUGAGCAAGACGGCUCCGACUGGCGAGUAUCUCACUACUGGUGGAUUUAUCAUCAGAGGGCGCAAGAAUCUAUUAGCACCGAGUCAAUUACUCCUUGGCUUUGGUGUUUUGUGGUUGAUCAGCGAGGAGAGCAAAGUGAACCACGGCAAGCAUCGGCUUGAAAGGACAGAGAGCAUGCUCCCAGGCGAGGCUGAAGCGUUAGCUAACGAUGUGAGAGGGUUACCUUUUGAGAAAGAAGACGUUGCAGGCGAGGUGGGGUCAGAUCAAGGACAGGCCAUACCUGAUGUUGAAGAUGCUGCUGAUGCCGCUGUGGGGGAGGAGGAGGAUGAUCGUGGAGCAGCCUUGGAUGAGGCGUCUGAACAACUGGGGCAGGUGGAUGGUGAAGGCGAUGGCCGUGAUUCGACGGAGACUUCAGAGGGAGAGGAAGAGAGGUCGAAUCCUCUACAGGUCAAUGUUGCUCGAUACGAUCAAGGUCCUCAGGAAGAAGACUUCGACAGGCCUGCAAUCGAAGCCGAAGAAGAGACAAAGGAGCAUGCCUCAGACGAGGCUUCUGACGGAGAAGAAUCCAACGACAGUCCAGCCCCACAGCCAUCUACACGAGCGUCCACGCCGGCAUCCUCAUCACAAGCUUUAACGAAGUCAAAACCUGAACGACUCGCUCGCGGCAAACGCACCAAGCUGAAACGUGCCCAAAAGAAAUACGCCGACCAAGACGAGGAAGACCGUGCCCUUGCCAUGCAACUCCUCGGAUCCACCCGCGCUCAAGAACGCAAAGAAGCGGCAGAAGCAGAAAAAGCGGCCCGCGAAGCCAAAGCUCAAGCAGACAAGGAACGAAGGAGAGCACAACACGCAAAGGCCGCGGAGAGGGAACGCCUACGUCGUGAAAGACUCGAAAAAGCCGACGCGGGCGGUGGCGCCGAUGGUGGACCGGGGGUCGUCGACCUGGACGAAGACGACGAAUUGAGUAAGGAGCAACUGGAACAAGAGCGGCGCGAACUAUUGGACAUCGACCGCCUUGUCCCUAUGCCGGAACCCGGGGACGAACUCCUCGCAGCAAUCCCCGUCGUCGCGCCUUGGACGGCCCUCGCCCGACAGAAAUACAAGAUCAAGCUGCAGCCUGGCAACGUCAAGAAAGGGAAAGUCGUCAAGGAGAUCUUAGGGUUUUGGACCUCUCUCGCCACAAAAGGCCCCAAGGUAGUUGAUGAGUUGAAUCGCGAAAGGGACAAGGUCUGGAGACGAGAGAUCGAGUUAUUGAAGGAGUGGCGCGUCGAAGAGAUCGUGGGCGCUUUGCCGGUUAAGGGGUGUAGGAUUGUGCAGAGCGGUGGCCUGGGAGGCGCGUUGGGAGGCGGAAGCGGUGGUGGAGGGAAAGGUGGUGGUGGUGGGAAGGGAAAGGGAAAGGCAGGAGGAGGUGGAAAGAAGGGAAGAUAG